UGUGGCACACAGGAGAAGCAGUCUCUGUGUGUCUGUGGAUAAAGAAGCAUAUCAAUUGACAGUGAAGUUGUAUAUUCUGAAGUUCAGGAUGAAGAUCUUGGUUUUUUUGGCCCUCCUGGGUCUACACAGCGCAGCAGCAGUGACUCACUCUCUGAAGUAUUUCUACACUGCGUCCUCUCAAGUCCCAAACUUCCCAGAGUUUGUGGCUGUUGGGAUGGUUGAUGAUGUUGAGAUGAUUCACUACGACAGUAACACCAUGACAGCAGAAGCCAAACAGGACUGGAUGAAAGCAGUCACAGCUGGUGAUUCACAGUACAUGGAGAGGCAGACUGGGGGCCUUAGGGGUACCCAGCAGUCCUUCAAAGCCAACAUUGACAUUGCAAAGCAGCGUUUCAACCAAACUGGAGGUGUCCACAUUUACCAGUACAUGUACGGCUGUGAAUGGGACGAUGAGACUCAAGAGGUUAAUGGAUUAAGACAGAUUGGUUAUGAUGGAGAAGACUUCCUAUUAUUUGACCUGAAGACAGAGACAUGGAUCGCUCCAAAACCACAGGCUGAAAUCACCAAACACAAGUUGGACAAUGACCAAGCUGGUAACGCAUACAGAAAGAACUAUCUCUCCCAGAUCUGCGUUGAGUGGCUGAAGAAGUAUGUGAACUACGGGAGGAGCUCUCUGAUGAGAACAGAGCGUCCCUCCACACAUUCUCUCCUCCAGAAGACUCCCUCCUCUCCAGUCAGCUGCUUCGCUACAGGUUUCUACCCUGACAGAGCCGACAUGUUCUGGACGAAAGACGGACAUCAGAUUCAUGAGGACGUGGAACGUGGAGAGAUCCUCCCCAACCAUGAUGGAUCCUUCCAGAUGAGUGUUGAGCUGGACCUUUCAAAAGUCGCACCUGAAGACUGGAGGAAGUAUGAAUGUGUGUUUCAGCUCGCUGGUGUGAAGGACAUCACCAUCAAACUGGACAAAACUGUGAUCAGAUCUAAUGAAGGUUCUUCAGAUUUCCCUCUUGGUGCUGUGAUUGGAGGUGGUGUUGUACUGCUGCUCCUGGUAGUCGGCAUCAUUGGAUACUUCCUCUGGAAAAAACAGAUAUAUUUAAUAUAA